CGAUAGACUGCGAAGCCGGUCAUAUCGAUAGGCACACGUGUGCCGAGUGUUUGUUUUUAUUUUGCUGUGCACAAAUUGUUAAAAUUAAUUAAUUAUAAUUAAAAAGAUUUCGUUGGACGGCCUCAAAAUGAUGCACUACCGCAAGGCCGAGAACGUGGAAAAGGAGCUGAGUAAAAGCGAUUUGCCCUUCGAGGACUGCAUGCCAAAGACGCAAAAGGAUUUCCUUUGGAUGCAUGUAAAAGGCGGUACUAAAGUGAGCAAUGUGAUUGAGUUUGCACAGGCCUCACUUAACAAAGGAGAACACAGAUGCGUGGUGUGGAGUGGAUCCGGUGGUGGAGUGAUUAAGACCAUAUCCUGUGCAGAGGUGCUUAAGCGGAGCCAUCCUCUCUACCAAGUGAACCGCAUGGCCUACACCAGCGUGGAGGAGCACUGGAAGCCACAGAUGGAAGGUCUUGAGGAGAUCAUCGUUAACCGCCAGAUACCCGCCCUGCACAUCCUCAUGAGCCUGGAUGAGCUGCCGGACAGUAUAGAGGGUUUACAGAAGCCAAACACAUCCACCGAUUUCUGGGAAGGCGGACGGGCUAAUCCGCAACCCCAGCACCGCCAACAGCAGCAACAGCAACAACAACACCAAGGUGCCGGCGGUCGGCCAAACAAACGCCACAGAUCCGGACGCAAUAAACCAUCCCAACAACCCGGAAAACCUUCCGCAGAAGAGAACCAACCAACCAGUCAGAGUCAAGGUUGAGAUAAGCCAUAUAACUAGCCCACUAGAAUUGUGAAGAUUCCUUUAUUUGCCCUUUGUAAGGAUAUACACAAAAGUUUAUCACAAAAGCAUUAUGGCAUUAAAGCAAUUGAGGGCAAUGAAAGAUUAGCUCUCCGAAGAUAAGCGUGGGCUUUGUAUAAUACUUUUUAUAGAUACAGUUUUCAAAUUUACAGUAAAGGCUCUUCGGGUACAGACAUUUUACUAACAUUUUCAUUAUUAAAUAUCUUUUUUUGUGGCAGAAAAUAUUUAGAUAAGUGGCAUCCCUAUUUGUGUUUAGCCUCUGCGACAUACAUAAUUAUAAUUUAAGAUUUUUAGUUGAAAAUCUGAUAUCUUACAAAAAGGCUUAGGAUUCAGUUUCGCCUAGAAACUUUAAAACACUGUAUAACUAAAAUAAUUUUGGAGGUACACUUAAACGCUCAUAAUAUUUGUUAUAUGGACAAUGAAAGAACCGUAAAUAGACGCAGUAAGAUUUGCCUUGGUAUAAAAUAUUUAUUUCUUGAAACAGAUUAUACACUGGUCGGCAUAU